AUGUCUCCUCGCAGCGACUUCCUUGCCACCGGGCUGGUCCCGAUCGACUUGCCUCCUCCAACUGAAGAUGAUGAAGAAGGUAUCGACUGUCCCAUCUGCUUAGAAUCGCUAACCACCGCUUUCCAGCUCCCAUGCCAUUCCCUACACGUAUUCCACGAUGAGUGUAUCCGGACUUGGCUCAAAUCACACAACUCCUGCCCGCUCUGCAAGAGUGUCCUCUUUGGAUCCGGCGCUCCAAACUCGACUGUCCGCAACGCCAAUCUCGCCCGACAAACCGUCGUGGACCUGGAAGGCAAUCUGGAACACUUCUCCAUCGCCCCCAUGCGCCGACCCGCUAUCGCCGCCAACGCCGACAUGGCCGCUGUCUUCCUCGUCACCAUCCGCGAGCCUCGUACAGACGGCACACAAGUCAUCGGUCAGAUCGGUUCGUUGGCGAACGAACAGGCCAUCACGGGUCUUGGACUUGUCCGAGCUGCCGAGCAGAUUCCGCAGGUCAUCGUUAUGGCUAAUGUUAUAUUCGCCAGAGCGAUGGCUCAAGGACGAUCAUACACGGACGAGCAGUGGCAGCGUUGGAUCCCUCCGGUCAAACACAUCCUCAACCGCAUUCGCCAGAAUGACGGGAAGAUGAUGAAUGUCGGAACCUUUCCGCACAGUCUGGAUCGCGAGUGUUCGGAGGACCUGGAAAGGAUCUAUCCGGGUGCUGGACGAGUUCAGGGUGUGCGUGCAGGACAAAUCGAGGCGGGUUUGGUCAGGGAGGACUUUCAGACGCUGAUGAACUACGCCGCAUUUCUGAUGUGGUGGGCAGUGAAUCGGCCUUUGAUCAGGAGAAGGUAA